AUGAGUUCCAAAGUUAAAGUCGCAGUUCGUGUCAGGCCAUUCAAUCGGCGAGGUAUGUUUGCCUUACUCUUGAUUGAAAACCUCGCAAUCAUUUUGCCUUUAACAAGCUGAAGUGGAUUACCGUCUGUUUUUUUUAAACAGAAAUUGAAUUGGGUACCAAAUGCGUCGUCGAAAUGGAUGACACACAAACGAUUUUAUAUUCCACCGCCGGCUCACGAGACAGGUACGUAAGCUAAGCUCAUAAGAACGUCUUUGCGACACGUUUUUAUUUGUUUUUGUAUAUUUUGGAAGUGAUUACCUAUGGUUUCAUGUAUUUUUACUCCGAUCUGUCUGGUGCACUUUCUUAUUAUAACCAAAGUAAAACUGCCAAUGGUUGCUUUGAUUUUUAAGGUAUUUAUUUAUUUUAAGGAGGCGUCCUAGUUCAACGUAGUUGCUGAAGCCAGUACCGUUAUAUUAUUUGUAAGAUUUACGACAAUCGUAUUCAGCUGUCCACAUUUAUUGGAAAUGACUCUCUUUUUCUUGUUUUUAUUUUCUCCCUUAUUUUUCCAGGAAACGACUAAACAUCCUUUGAUUAACGGAAGCGUGACAUUGUUGGUCAAUCGACCGCUCAUUUGCAAAUUUCUCGAUAUUUCCUUUUUUGCUGCAAAAAUUAAGCUUUAAUUUGAUAAAGUAAUAGAAUGUCACAGAUUUGUCAGGUUUCAUGCUAACUUGUAUCUCUCUUUAUUUAAGAUACGAUUGAUUCAUAGGUGUCUAAAUUGUUCAGUCGCCUACAUAAUCGGUAUUGAAACCAAGAUAUAUCACUGUUAUCGUGUUUAUUAUCGCUAUAUAUCGUCGGAAAAAAUAGCACGUUGCCUGCUUUUUCCGUUUGUCUAAGUCGCUAAAGUUAUUAAGCGUGUUUUCUUUUCCACCUGAAGUAAGCUCUUUGGAAUUUGCGUUUAUAUUCAUUAUAGAAAGACAAUCGUGUUGAUUUGUUUUACUACUUCAACUACACGGGCUUCUGAGCAUAAAAUUAUAUCGUUUGCAGCAGUGUUGUUUUUGAAAUUCCAAUUAAUUUCAGGGCAGCUAUUUAAUUAAAGUUUUAACGAUCUCACCGAAGGAUGUACUAAAAAUAUAGCGUCUUGAUAAACUGUGUCGUAUUGUAUUAGGACAGGAAGUUGUGUUUAGCUUAUUGAAGUGGAAAUUAUCUAUGCAUGCAGCCUUCGAGAAUGUUUCCUUGCUGCCACUUAUCACGAGUUGUAAACAAACGAUUCAAGGCACAUUGCCUUUAUUUUAAAAUAUAAACAUAUGUAAAUAUAAAAGGCCUAAAAAGUAAACAUUUCACCAUGCAAGAGUCUUAUCUUUCCAGUGAGAUAUUUACAUUUCAGAGUAGUUCACAAUUUAUUUAAAUAAGUUGAAGUUGCAUUGUAAUCACGUAGAGUUUGUUGCUGCAGGCAAUGUGGUAGUUGCGGCAAUUUUUGGCGUUCUUUGCUAAAUGAGUAAAAGAAAUCACCGAUAUUUGUUGAAUAUGUUGAUCUUACUUUAUACGUGAUGCAAUGUAAUUUGCUAACGUUGUAUUUUUGUCUUUAUUUUCCUAUUUAUUCGUGGAUUAUUAAAACAGGAAGCACACAAAGGUACUAUAUGUGGAGGAUUUUUUUAAAAGUUUGUUAAUUCCAUUUAUGCAGAUAAAUAUGUCCCUGUGCUAUAAAUGGGACAUAUUUUAAAUGCAUUCUUGUUUAUUAUUAAUGUUUCUGCAUGGCUGCAAAGUAAUACUGUACGAUGUUUCUUCAAACUACGUGUAUAUACUGUAUUCANACAUUGCCUUUAUUUUAAAAUAUAAACAUAUGUAAAUAUAAAAGGCCUAAAAAGUAAACAUUUCACCAUGCAAGAGUCUUAUCUUUCCAGUGAGAUAUUUACAUUUCAGAGUAGUUCACAAUUUAUUUAAAGAAGUUGAAGUUGCAUUGUAAUCACGUAGAGUUUGUUGCUGCAGGCAAUGUGGUAGUUGCGGCAAUUUUUUGCGUUCUUUGCUAAAUGAGUAAAAGAAAUCACCGAUAUUUGUUGAAUAUGUUGAUCUUACUUUAUACGUGAUGCAAUGUAAUCUGCUAACGUUGUAUUUUUGUCUUUAUUUUCCUAUUUAUUCGUGGAUUAAACAGGAAGCACACAAAGGUACUAUAUGUGGAGGAUUUUUUAAGUUUGUUAAUUCCAUUUAUGCAGAUAAAUAUGUCCCUGUGCUAUAAAUGGGACAUAUUUUAAAUGCAUUCUUGUUUAUUAUUAAUGUUUCUGCAUGACUGCAAAGUAAUACUGUAUGAUGUUUCUUCAAACUAUGUGUAUAUACUGUAUUCAUAAACUAUUAUGUAACACUGUCUCCACACUAACUACAUGUAGGGGAUGUUCCUAUUGUAUCGUUUUUCUUUCUUUCUUUUUUUUCCCUCUGGUAACCUGAACUACUACAUUAUAGUGUUAGACAUUGUUUAAAAUAAUUCUCCACUUCUGAUUUUGCUUUAUCCUCAGGCUAUUCUCUUAUUAAGCUAGGGGUUGACCCAAUUUAGAAGUUAUUCGCUCUAAAUUUAUGAUUGACACCAAUCAUGAAUUAUCACACUUAGGGCCAGUUUACAUGGAGGUGAGGUAACCCGCCUGUGCAUAUGCCGAUAAUCUUUCAUUUUAAUUUGAUCACGUUUACAUGAUACGUGGGGUGACCAUAUGAUAGAUUAUAUGAACAGGUGGGUCAUCCCACCUUAACAGGUUACCUCACCUACCUCAGGUCCUCCACUUCCUUGUGAACAGACCCUAGAAAUGGUACACAGAUGUUAGGCAAAUAAGUGGUAUGUGGUUGCUCAGGUGUUUUAGCUGUGCAGACUUGGUGAAAAUUGGAGAAAAUUUCACGUUAUUUAAAAAUGAAAAGCUGAACUCAAAGCUGUUCUCUAAGAAAAAGUGAAGGGAGCCCAGUGUUCUGAAGCUGUGAAAUCCAGGGUGCCCAGCAUAUGAAUUUCUGUGAAAAAAGCUAAGAUUUUCUAGUCGCAUGGUUGCAAAAGUUAGGCGCCAGGCGCCACCAAGACUUUCUAGAGCACAGCCUUAGAACUACUGCCUAUUCAAUAAUAAAAGGAAUAAUAUGUGCAGAAAGAAGAACUCCAAAAAAAUUCUGAGUUCUGCAUGGGAAUUGAACCCAUGACCUUCAUUCUGCCAAAACUCGGUCAAUUUCUCAGUUCUUGGUUUCUAGAAACUCCUUUAUGUGUAUCCCAAAACAACACUGAAUACCCUUCCUGUCUUAUAAUAACCUUGAGUUUUAAAAUGUCAGGGAUUAUUUCAAUGAAUGUCUUUUUCCCUAUGAGGUUUGAAAGGUUGAGAUUCUACAUUUCUGUAUCCUACAACUGUGCCUUAAGUUUUAGACCUUGUAAUGACAUGGGAGCUUUGAAGUUGAUUAACCCUUUAAGUCCCAAUAGUGACCAACAUCAAUUUUCUCCUAACAAUAUCCAUACAAUCUCAAGAGAUUAGGUUAUGAGAAUUAACAAAAUGAUCACCUAAGAGACAACGCUUUCAUCUUUUAUCAAUUUCUCUCAACCCAUCCAUAGUAUAGAGAUCAGUUUGGAGAAUUUGUAUGUGGAUAAAGGGUUAAGAACAUGUAUCAUUUUUUUUCUUUCCUUCUAAUAGACAUUUGCAUUUGAUCACUGCUUUUGGUCAAUGGAUGAUUCUGAGGGCAAAUAUGCAAGUAAGACAAAGUUUAUAUUAGGCAUUAUGUUUAAGAUCUUAGAUCUUGCAUGUUUCAAAGGCCCAGAACUCCCUGAUUUUCUCCUUUGUACAGAUUUUGCCAGUUCAGUCAAUACUUUGAACUUUAGAUCUGUACUCUGUACAGAUAUAUUUGUGGUUUGAAGAUUUGUCUUCAGGUUGUUUUCUUAGACAAGAAACUUGCUCCACUUUGUCUCUCUUCACCCAGGUGUAUGAUUGGGUUCUGGUGACAUAUGGUACUGCUUGGGGUAACCCUGGAAUAGGUUGCCAUCCUGUCGGAGAGGAGGGGUGCGGUGUUUUAGCAAAACUCCUUUGUGCAGAAACUGGGAUGUACUCUGGCUGUAUAAAUGCUGAUCAUUCCCUAUAUUCUUGUAACCACCAUGUUUCAUUUAACAGUGAUAUUUUAAGGAGAAACUUGAUGCUGAUGCAGGUGUGACUAAAGGAGUUAGGACAAGGGUUAGAGUUUGAGUGACCCAUUCCUCUCUACGGAUAUGGAUAGGUGAACUAGUUUACCACGCAGUCAUAAAAAGGGCUGCCAUAAACACCCCGAUAUGAUAAUGGCAUAAACUGUUCUACCCGUGCCAGUAGCUAGCAUUUCUCUUGGAUAAGAGGCAAUCUACCAAUUUUUUUAUGGCUUUGGGUACGGGUAAUUUACAGGUGUACCUCUACUCAUGCAUGAAAACAGUGUAUCUUAGGUCUCUUUUAGUUACACCUACACACUUGUAUGCUGUAAAGUAAUCCCUUUGGCCAGAAUGUUUUUGAGGUUUUCUUUCUUUAUACUUAGGCCAGGAGAAAGUCUACAAGUUACUUGGUUCAGAUGUUUUGGAGAAUUCCCUUGAGGGGUAUAAUGCCUGUAUUUUUGCUUAUGGGCAAACAGGUAAAAUUACGUGUGUGUACAGUACAUAGUGAUAUGAUCUGUGAUGUAACAUGAUAGCGAGAUGCAAUUGAACAGGUGCCUGGAGCAAAGCAAGUGACUUCUGAUAAAAGACUAUUAUCUUGUAUAUAAAUGUACUUGCAAAUCCAAGAGAGAGAUGGAUUUGUGUGUUGUAUCUUUAAUAGUCUCAUAAUAUGCAGCUAUGAUUUAUUGAUCACCCUGUCUGAUACAUUUUGAAUGUUUUAGUUGUGUUCUUAAACACAGUACAUAAUGAUUGCUUAUUUUACAGUUGUCUGUAGUCAAUAAACUCUUAAGUUUAUGUUUUACUUUUAAUAGCAUACCGGUGAGAAAUAAAUGGAAUCCUUAAGAAACUUUUCUGGUUAUAAUCCUGUCAGAUUUUAAUUGAUGAUGAUUUUUUUGAGUCAAUCUGAUUAUUUCUGAUUAUCAGUUUUUAAAAAUCUUAACUGAUUCCGAACAGCUGUACAGUAUUAUUAUGGUUGAAUCUCAAAGGGGUUUGUGGUAACACUGUAAUAUCCUGUCAUUUACACUCAAAGUUAAGAAAAAUACUAGUUCACAGCUACACAUGUCUCUAAAUGUUUACAAUUAAAUUAACUCUGGGAGCUUAUGGUUUAAGAUCUAAAGGGCUAUGAUACAAUAAAGUAGAACCUUGAUAACUCGAACUUGGAUAACUCGAAUUCCUCUCUAACUCGAACUAAAUUUCCCUUUUCUCUUGAUCACAAUUUCUCUGAAAUUUACCCCGAUAACUUGAGUUCCCCGCUAACUCCCACUGUUUUUUGUUUCCUUUCAGAGUUUGAGUUACAGGUGUUCUACUGUAGUUUAAGUAUAUGUAAUAGCUAAAUGUUGCGUUUCAUACUCCAUUCAAGGUUCUGGGAAGACUUUUACCAUGAUGGGAAGCCAUGAUCAAAACCAGACAGGCCUUAUACCCCGGCUAUGUGAUGAGCUUUUUGAUAGAAUUUCAAAGGUUAAUAUGGAAAAAUUUAACCAUUUGUGUUAUUUCAUUACAUGUAUUUAUUUAGUACUUAUGCUGUGCUACUUACAAUGUCGCUUUCCAGAAUGAUGAUGAGAACAUUACAUACAAAGUUGAAGUUUCUUACAUUGAGAUCUAUAAUGAAAAAGUGAGGGAUCUGCUUUGCCCAAGAGGGUAUGCAACUAAUAAUUUUUUCAGGUUUUUUAAUUCUACGUGCAGCUAAAUAAUUAUUCUUUUCACACUUUCCCCUUUAUCGCCUUGAGUAUUUGUGCAUGAAAUCCACCUCACUGAUCAAUCAUUUGCUCUACUUUAAUUUAGAAAUCAUGCUACCUUAAGAGUCCGUGAACACAAGAUUUUAGGACCUUAUGUUGAAGGGCUUACAAAACUCGUUGUCUCCUCUUUCAAGGUGAGUAAAACAUUGUGAUUUUAAGUUUUUCUUUUCACUUUGUUUAUUGAAAUGUUUUUUAUUUCCAUUUUUGCACGCUACUGGUUUACUGGCACCUCUGUUGUUGAAGAAUUUCCCCCUAUGCGAAAAUCGAGCUAACUUUACACCAAAGUGGAAAUUUAUUCCUUUCCCAGGGAUGGACCAGUAUUCAGGGUCUUAAAAUAACUGAGAAUUGGAGGUACUUCCGUUGUCCUGCAAAUGGCUAGACCUUUGCAUGGCUCUAUUGACCUCGUAAAAUGGCGGUCCCAUCUCCACAAGGAGAUAUAAAAUUAAUGUCCUUAGUUAGUACUUUUGUGCUACAAAUGUGCUCCAUCCAAUAAUUCUUUGUUUUCUGAUUUUAAAUGUGGGUAACUAAUCUGAUAUGCACUGUUUUUAGGAUAUUGAAACUCUUAUGAUUGAAGGCAAUAAAUCUAGAACCGUUGCUGCCACCAACAUGAACACUGAAAGCAGCAGAUCUCAUGCUGUUUUUAACAUUGUGUUGUCACGAUCAGAAUAUGACAAAGACACAGAAGUAAGUUCAAUGGCUGAGCCAAAUAAAUUAUUAUUUUUUGCUUAUAAAGCUGCUUACUGCUUUUAAAGCUGCUUAAUUAUCAGUAAACAAUCAGUUAUUAUUGUUUACUUUUGUCUAAGAUGUACACUAGCAUAUCUUCUUUUCUCAUUUAUAGUCAGUCGGUGAAAAAGUAAGUAAGCUGAGUCUUGUUGAUUUAGCUGGAAGUGAAAGAGCAAGCAAAAGUGGAGCUGAAGGAGUGCGUUUAAAGGAGGGCAGUAACAUCAACAGGUAAAAAAGCACAAUGUGUGUAUGGAAGAUUGGUGAAAGGCUAGGAUGUCUGGGGGCCUCAACUGUGACCAGGCAGCCCCUAGACAGAGUACCCCUUCCAUAGCUGGCAAUCUCUGCCACCCAGCCAUGAGCCCCCACACCACACCAAGUCGUCCAGGCAUCUAUAACACCAUGUACACAAUGGAAAAAUAAGAGAAUGUGAAGGGAGAGGCAAAAAUGAAGGCAAAGAACGCAUUGAAAAACAUCACCCUUCAGUAUGCUGAAAUAUGCUUGGAGGCUACAAUGGAAAAUGUGAAAGGAUGUGCCAAACUCUGCUGCUGCUGACCACCAUGAGCAUACAGUCCACUCUCUUUUAAUGGACACCUCUGUAAGACAGACAUCUCUCUAAGAUGGACACCUCUUGUUGGUCCCGGCUGUUUUUCAGUCGUUUUAACGUAACUAUACUCUCUAUAAGACAGACCCUUUCCCAAAAUGGACAACCGACACUUGAGAAGUGCUUUAUCAGUGAAAAAUACCUCAAAACAGAAAUGUUGGUGCCCUACAUGUCAUUAAUAUUUUGUAACUUCUUACAUUUGUAUUCCAGUUCGCAGAGUGUAUACUGUUACGUUUUUAAAUGGCAUUCUAUUACAAUGUUUAAUUGAUGUAUUUUAAUAUUUAUUGCGAAUGGGUUCAGCUUUCUUUUUACUGUUGUCAUGUUACCUCGACUCUCAAUAAGCCGGACACCUAGAUCUAAGACAGACAGUCCGGGCUGGUCCGGAAGGUGUCUGUCUUUGAGAGAGUUGACUGUAUCGGCUGCUCUGUUGUUAAUUGCAUUUAACCACAUGAAAAAAUUGCACUUGUUUGGAAUUAUCAAGUUGUCUUGGGAUUUUAUCAUGCUUUAUAUUCCAUUCAUAAGUUUAUCGUUAUCUUUAAGAUCAUUGGUAACCCUGGGUCAAGUCAUUUCAAGUUUAGCUGAUCAGUCUGGAGGUAAAGGAAGAAAAGCAAUGCAUGUUCCGUACAGAGAUUCAGUGCUCACAUGGUUACUCAAGGUAAUUGCUAAUUGUUAAUUCCUGUUUAUUUUUUUGCAUUCUGACUGCAGUUGCUUCAUUGAGUUACUUUGUCACAGUCACUAGGAGGGAUGUACACUGUUGAAGUUACUGUUAGUAACUGUGUGAUGAGGCAAAAAAAUGUUCACAAUAUAACUUUGUAUAAUGGUGAUUGGCUGUAGGAGUUAAAUAUUGAUCCUCUCUGAUCCUUUAAGACAGAACAGGAAUAACAUAGCAGGGUUGUCAUUAGUAGCCGGCUAUCAGCGAAAAUCGCCACCCACAUGGUUAGUAUUAGCCGGCUACUCUGCUUGGCAUUUCUUUAUGGGUGACGUUUUUAAAAUAAAAUAUCCCUGGACUGGCUGCUUACUUUGACAACUCAGUUGUCUACUUCAAAACUUUCUGACAACCCUGACAUAGGAAACACUUCCGUACAUAUAUACAUGAAGGCAUACAUUGUAAAGUACUAAUUUGAGAUAAAUUGUGAAGUGGCCGCUGAGCAUGAUUAAUAUUGGGCUAUUGUGGCUGUAUUAUCAGGAUAACCUUGGUGGCAAUAGUAAAACUGUAAUGGUGGCAACAAUAAGUCCUGCUGCUGAUAACUAUGAAGAGACACUGUCCACUCUUCGCUAUGCUGAUAGAGCAAAGCGUAUAGUGAAUCAUGCUGUCGUCAAUGAAGAUCCAAAUGCCAAGGUAUUUAUUAUUAAAUUUUUUAGUUUUACAUGUAAAUAGCAUCUUGCAAUACUGUACAAUGUGGUUGUGGAGUCCCCUGGUUCCACAGGUAACCCUAUACAGGUGUAUACAUUUUAUAUGAUACUUGUAAAAUUAGGUUCAACUCUUGAGCUUAUAUGUAUGUGAAAUUCAUUUUCUCUAAGGCUAGAAAAUAUUUCUUUCGUGUAUUUAGAUCAUUCGUGAAUUACGUGAAGAAGUUGAUCGGUUGAAAAGAAUGCUGGCAGCCAAGAUCGCUGGGAAAUCGCAUAUUGUUGAGCCUGGAGAAACGACGAUUGAAAUUGAAGAGAUGUUGUCAGAAAGUGAAAAACUGAUGAGUGAAUGCACCAUGACCUGGGAACAGAAGGAAAAACAAACAGAGAAAAUCCAACAGGUAAUUUACAUUGAGAUUUUCUUACAGGCUCUUAAUAGUAUAAAAAAAAUUAAUAUUAAGUGAAAAAUGACUAAUGGCUGGCCUAGAAUCCCUUAUAUUUUGUGCCUGAAAUUUCCUAGGUUUGAGCAUGCUCUAGCAACUAGCUAAAAAUUAUUGGUUUAACGGUUUUUCUGAGUCCAAGCCUUGGUCAUUGUUUGUUGAUUCCCAUCCAGUUGGAUUUUUGACUUGAUGAUUUACACAAUCUUUCUGAAUGGUGUUCUACAGUAGCAGCACCCAGUGGCUCCUGAAAUAAUUUUUUUACUUUUGGGUGACAGGAAAACUGACACAAACUUUAAGUAGUAGUUGCACUGAAUUUAUAAUUUAGGCACUUUUGGGCUUCUUGCAAUUUAUUCUUGUUGUGCAGUCUUGGAAACAUUAUUUUUUAAAAUUGUUUCCAAUGAUGUGAUUCAAUGUCCCUGGUUAAAAAGCCAGUUACUUGGUAAUUGAGCAUUUAGCAAAUUUAUUUCCUGUAUUUGUUUACUUUAUUUUUCUCGUGUGUGUUUUUGUAGGAGAGACACAAAGCAUUGGAAGAAAUGGGUAUCUCUGUACAGUCAUCUGGUAUUGCAGUAGAAAAGUCCAAAUUUUACCUUGUUAAUUUAAAUGCUGAUCCUUCAAUGAAUGAGCUGCUGGUGUACUAUUUAAAGGUAAUUCUCUUGUUACAUGGUCACUGAACUGCGACCUAAUUUAACAUUCCCAUACAAGCAUGAAUAUUUCAGGCUUUCUUUUCGCAACUGCAAAAGUUGCAUCUAUAACUUUGAUGAUCUUCUUUCAUCUAAUGAUUCAACACUUUCACUCCCUAAAGUGGCUCGAGUCAAAAGUCAACAAAGGGCGUGUUUUUUUUAAGGAAAAUCCAAAAACAGAUUAUGAAUCCAUAAAAUUUCUAAAUAAUUCAUUUUGAAAAAAUGCAGAAAAUCAGAUAGUACCAUGUGAAAGUACAUGUACUGCUGAAGAAGUUUUAUUUGAAUGAUCACACCACAGGAUUUCAUCCGCAGACUCAAAAGUUAGAACUACAUACUAAAUAAAUAGUACGGUGUGAAAGUACUGUUGAAGAGGUUUCAUUUGAAUGGUAACGUAACACCAUAGGAUUCUAUCCACAGACUCGAACGUUAGAACUGCAUACUAAAUAAAUAGUAUCAUGUGAAAGUACUGCUGAAGAGGUUUCAUUUGAAUGGUAAUACCAUAGGAUUUUAUCCGCAGACUCAAAAGUUAGAACUACAUACUAAAUAAACAGUACCAUGUGAAAGUACUGCUGAAGAGGUUUCAUUUGAAUGGUAAUACCAUAGGAUUUUAUCCACAGACUAAAAAGUUAGAACUACAUACUAAAUAAACAGUACCAUGUGAAAGUACUACUGAAGAGGUUUCAUUUGAAUGGUAAUACCAUAGGAUUUUAUCCGCAGACUCAAAAGUUAGAACUACAUACUAAAUAAAUAGUAUCAUGUGAAAGUACUACUGAAGAGGUUUCAUUUGAAUGGUAACACCACAGGAUUUUAUCCACAGACUCAAAAGUUAGAACUGCAUACCAAAUAAAUAGUACCAUGUGAAAGUACUACUGAAGAGGUUUCAUUUGAAUGGUAACACAGUAGGAUUUCAUCCACAGACUCAAAAGUUAGAACUACAUACCAAAUAAAUAGUACCAUGUGAAAGUACUACUGAAGAAGUUUCAUUUGAAUGGCAACACCAUAGGAUUUUAUCCACAGACUCAAAAGUUAAACCUACAUACUAAAUAAAUAAAAUAGUACCAUAUGAAAGUAAUGCUGAAGAGGUUUCGUUUGAAUGUUAACACCAUAGGAUUUCCUCUGUGUAUUAAAAAGUUAGAGCUGUCUUUUAAUACUCAAAUCACUUGAAUCACUUCUCAGCUUGUUCAGGUAAUAAUUUGGACAAAGUCUGUAACUACAUACAGUCAUGUACAUGGCAAAGUUGGCUCAUCUAUCACUGUGUGGCUGUACCUAUUAAAGUACAUUGAUGUUUAUCUUUCACCUNCCACAGACUAAAAAGUUAGAACUACAUACUAAAUAAACAGUACCAUGUGAAAGUACUACUGAAGAGGUUUCAUUUGAAUGGUAAUACCAUAGGAUUUUAUCCGCAGACUCAAAAGUUAGAACUACAUACUAAAUAAAUAGUAUCAUGUGAAAGUACUACUGAAGAGGUUUCAUUUGAAUGGUAACACCACAGGAUUUUAUCCACAGACUCAAAAGUUAGAACUGCAUACCAAAUAAAUAGUACCAUGUGAAAGUACUACUGAAGAGGUUUCAUUUGAAUGGUAACACAGUAGGAUUUCAUCCACAGACUCAAAAGUUAGAACUACAUACCAAAUAAAUAGUACCAUGUGAAAGUACUACUGAAGAAGUUUCAUUUGAAUGGCAACACCAUAGGAUUUUAUCCACAGACUCAAAAGUUAAACCUACAUACUAAAUAAAUAAAAUAGUACCAUAUGAAAGUAAUGCUGAAGAGGUUUCGUUUGAAUGUUAACACCAUAGGAUUUCCUCUGUGUAUUAAAAAGUUAGAGCUGUCUUUUAAUACUCAAAUCACUUGAAUCACUUCUCAGCUUGUUCAGGUAAUAAUUUGGACAAAGUCUGUAACUACAUACAGUCAUGUACAUGGCAAAGUUGGCUCAUCUAUCACUGUGUGGCUGUACCUAUUAAAGUACAUUGAUGUUUAUCUUUCACCUCUGUUGUUUUAUGUAGGUUCAAUUCUUGGUCCCUAUGUUCAUAUUGUCAUAUGUAUCAAGUUUGGUGUUCGUUCUCUGACCUCAGCCUUUCUCCAAGGAUUUUUGUAUGAUUUGUUCAAAAUCUGCCAAACUGGUGCCAGUCUUAUUGUUUAUUUUUUAUUUCUGUUUGUAGGAACACACUGUUGUUGGAAGACCAGAUGGAGUUCAUAAUCCAGUAAGUUGAAAAGUUUUGUUAUACUGUAUGGCUGUUUCCUACGAAAUGUGUUUUUAUUGAACCUUAAGCAUAUUUUUGGCUCACUCAGUGAUUUUGUUUUCAAAAGGUUUGGUGAGACUGCUUUAUUGUUCCUGUCUGUGGUGUACCUCAGUAAGUUUUUGGCCAGCAGUCAAACAGUUAAAAAUCAUGUUACAUUUUAUCAUUUUACAGGAUAUUCAAUUGAGUGGACUUGGAAUUUUACAUGAACACUGUCAACUUGAUAUUGAAGACAAUGAAGUUUAUGUUACCCCACUUGCAAAAACAGGGUAUGUAUACGGAAAGAAAAAAAAACCUAGCUGGUUUGUUAAUUAUUUUGAUCUGGAUUGAAGCUCACUUCUUCAUUUAGAUUUAUAUGCCUACAGUUCACAUCAUCUUCAUUCUGUUUUACUCUUUUCACCAACAUUUUAUGUAGGGUCUUCAUAACUCAGUUGGUAGAGAACUGCAGCACUAACACAGAGGCCAUGGGGUUCAAAUGCUGUUCAAGCCCUGUUUUUAUUGGGGGGGGGGGGGCGUUGAGGAAGGGGCUAAUUUGGAGUUGCCUAUAAUAAAUUGUGAAUACCAUAGUGAUGAUCUAAUUAUUCUUACAUUAUUUGCAUUAUGACAAUAGAACUUGUGUAAACGGUAAACUUGUGGAAGAGAAGACUCUUCUAAAGCAUGGUGAUCGCAUCCUCUGGGGAAACAAUCAUUACUUCAGAAUAAACUGCCCUCGUCCUCCAGGUUUGUUGCUUUUAAGUUUAAUUGUUUAAUGUAACUUAACUCAUCUGCUACCUUGUAAAGAUAUACUAAACGAACUGGCUUGUUUUACAGUGAAUCAUGCUACUUAUAUGUCGGAGGUUUUGUGUGAAAAUGAUAGUUCUGACAUUUUAUUAAUUUACCAUAUAUAUAUUCUUUUUCUGCAGGGAGUGAGCAACAGGUAGAGCAAACAGUUGAUUUCCAGUUUGCCCAAACAGAGCUGAUGAUGAAUGAGAUUAGUUCAGGUAAAGAAUGUUUAGUUUGUGUUGUUGUUUCAGACUUAACUUGGGGCGCUUUCCGAAAGUCAGAACUGGCCAGGCGGAUUAUAGUCGGACCAGUCAUUUUGACAAUGAAAGAGGCUUUUUCCAAGAGCUUUUGCUGAAAAACCACCUCCUUCCUGUAUACUAUUUAGGAUUUGACUGAUCUAGCACGAUAGUUUUGAAGGAGUGGUCUGGCCGGUUAGUUCUGACAAAUGGAAAGCACCCUGAGAUCUCUUGUCUUUGUCUCAGUUAUUGUUCUCCCAGGGCUCGAAAAAAAUUUGAAUGAUUCCAGCUUGCCCUUUGGGCAAUCAGCUCUCACAUUUUACUCACAGGGGUCACUUCCUGUUUGUCUUAGUUAAAUAUUUUGUUAGAGAAUGAUUUUCUUGGACCCUUGCCCACCUACCUCUCCCCUAAGCCAACAUUUUGCCCUAAAUAAGAAGUUAAUGUUGGAUUGGGUGGGGGGGAGGGGUGGGUGCUCAGUUUUCCAUAAACUUAUAACGAUCCGGACCUUUUUCGAGCCCUGUAUCCCCUUAAGAAUCCAGCUUCCCUUAAUUGAGAGCAUCAUUAAGUUGCAGUAAUUCUAACAGUGUUGAUUUUUCAAUUUUUACAGGACCCCUUAAAGAUUCUGUCAAAGCUUUAGAGGAACAGUACAAAGCCGAAAAACAAGGUACGCGGUAGCUUGAGCUCCUUUUAAUUACAGUCAAACCCCUGUAAUAGACACUAAAGGGCCAUAGAACUUGUCCGUAUUAAGUGGGUUGAAUUUAUGGAAAACGUAAGGGUUUUCUUUCCCCAGGGACAAAGCAAUAAUGUGAUAUUGAGGUAUCCUGUGAGGCAGGGUUUGGUUGUAUAUCAUUUUCCAUUGUCCUUCAGUUCCGCAGAACCAUGCGUGGUGAGGGACAUCCUCGUUACCCUAACCCUUGACAACUGUACAGGACUUUUUUCGAGCACUUUGAAAGAUCUCUGUCCAUGAUUAAGCAAGUAAAACAGUUAAUAUUAAUAGGAAAAAUAAGGGACCUUUAGAAAGCGUUCAAUAUUAAAGUGUUUUUCCAUGCUAGGAUGUUAGUUAUAAGUAAAUAAACAAGCACUAAAGUGUUAAAAUGAACUACAUGUACCACUUAUUAUAGUUAUAACCUAACCAAAACCGAAAAGACUGUUCUCUUUAGCUUUUCUUAAAGUUAUUGUUAAAAGAGCAAGUGGAAGAGUUGUUUAACUAAAAAAAAAACAUAAAAUAAAGCAAAUAUGUUUUACUGCAUCAGCACAAAAACUUAACAGCAGAUUUAACUAUUUUCAGGGGCGUUAGAUAAACAGCGUCAAAUGUAUGAAGAACAGAUACAAGAACUCAGAAACCAAAUGGGUCCACGGCAGAUCAUGGAACGGGCGUCAAGCAUUGGUUCUUUCAGUUCAGGAUAUGGUUCAUCUCGAGUGUCUUGGAUUGAAGACAGGUAAGGAGAACCAAAGUUAAAACUGGACUUUUUUAAAGAAAAAAUAACGAUAAAAACCAGCCAUGGCCUGAAGUGUUGGUGUUAGUGUUUAAAUGAGACGAGAUCAAGCAAAACUAACUACGAGAGAACAACUUGAGAACUGACAAUUUGACUAACAAUAGACGACUGUUUAACUGUGACAAUAGACCGAUCGAAACGCACCAAUCACUGAUUACGAGUCUUCAUAGCCAGUAACAUCACGGCUUAACUGACAGACGACCAAUAACAUCGCGACAUAAUUGACCAAUCAGAUCAAUAACCAGAGUAUAAUACCAUCAACUGACGUGAUACAACUCACUUUGACUCUGAAGAUGACUACCGCACAGGUUGUCGAAACGUCAGUCACUGUCAACAACAACAGCCCUAUUCUGGACUACGUUCACCCGGACGAUCAAACUCAACCUUUUGAAAUGAGUCCUGGGUUCAAACCUUUCAAAGUGUUUAAAUGGUCCAAAAAUCACGGUUCAAGGCAUUAUUUUGUGACCAAACAUUUGCGUAUUCUUAUCAAUCAAACGUCCAAGGGAGACGUUAAUUCUGUUUAAACUGCACUUGCCACAGAAAAGACUGCAACAAAAUUUAGUGUUUGUAAGAGGCAUGUUGUUAAAGCCUGUCUUGACGGUAACCUUUUUUUUCACUUUUGGAAUUACAAGGUUUAUAGUACAUGUAGCUUGAAAAUUUAAAAAUGUAUUCCUUUUUUCUUUCUUUACUAGUAGGGAAAACUUAGUCCAGUUUGAAAGAAAACCUUUGGUUUUAAGAGAAGAGGUUAUCAAGGCUAAUGCUCUCGUCAGGUGAUUAUGAACUCAUCUUAUUCUUGUACACUUGAAAAUUUACUGCCCAGGUACAUACAUAACCAGAUUGAAUUUGGAUCAGUUGACCAAACGUUGUAUGUGUUCAGUGUUUUAAUUUCUUGCUUCUUGAUUUUUCUCCACGCUUUUUUGCAUUCAGGGAGGCAAACCAGUUAAGCGAAGAGAUGGGCAAAGAAACUGAAUUUGCCGUUACACUACAGGUACAAUUCCCAAACAUUUUUGCGCGCAAGCUAAUGUAAGCCUUUUCAUUUAGCAUCGGCAUAUCGUUUAUAAGCGGGAUUUUAUGGCAACUCAAGUUUCUUUGUAACAGCCUGAGCGUCUGAUAGUAGCUUGGGAAAGUUCAGAGUUGUUCAAAUUUCAGGCUUCAUCCACGCUGAUGCCUUGUCAAAAGUAUACUUAGGGAUGUUGUUGUCAUCGAAAACGCGUCGAUGCAUUGGCGCCUACACUACCUUUUUGAGGCGGUUUCAACAGUCCACAGUAAAACGUUCGGAAACGAUAGAAUCGCACGUUGUGGCGUAAGUUAAGCUCUAUGCGCAUGCUUCAAACACACGCGCCCGCGAUAUUUUCGGUCACCGUUUUCAUUGUGAUGCGUUUGCGACCAUCCACACGAAUACGGUAUGUAUGUGUUUUAGUUUUGGCCCACUUUCAAGAGCGUUUUCAAAUCGAUGCGUUUUAAUAGGUGAAAACGCUCAGCGUAUUACUGUGGACGGAAGGCCUAAACGCAUCGAAAUGUGUCAGUGCGUUUUCAAAUUAAAAUAUAUUAGUCUGAACAGGGCCUCGAAAGCCUUGAAUUCAAUUGCUUGCUUUCUACUUUUGCCAGAUUCCCACAUCAAGUUUAAGCUUUGGUCGAAGCAGAUCAGGAUUUAGCAGUGAAGUCGCCAUUGUAGUCAAGCACAAAUCUAAAGGAACCCAAAGUGAGUGGACGUGAUCCCUGCCUGUAAGCCACUAAGCUCAUCUAUGUAGUGUACCUUAACCUUUACUUUCACCUAACCUCUUCGUGUCAUGUGGCACAUAUGGCCUCAAUACUCUCCUACCAAUUGGCUUUGUUGGCCGCUGUGAUGUUUAUUUCACUGCACGUUUUCCUCGAAGCUCUUUCCCUUUCUCUCUGUCGUCCUUCCCCUUGUUGUCUUUUCUGCUCCGUAGUUCUCACAUUCUUGUUUCCUAUUCCAACGUAAUCUUUUGGGGUCAUAAGUGGUUUGGUCGGCACAGCUGUUGACUACGAGUAGUCCCCAUUUUUCCUAAGGGAUAGUAGAGCGAGCGGAACGCGAGCGCCCGUGAAAAUCCCCCCACGUGAGAAAGUUGAGACGCCUCUCGGCUUCUCGCGUGGGGUGAUUUUCACGCGCGCUCGCGUUUCGCUCGCCCUACUAUCCCUGAGGGAUAAUGGGGACUACUCGUAGUCUAGCACAGCUGUUCGGGUCACUGAGACACGCAAACCUCACCACCAGGAGAAGGUGCCACCCAAAAGUGGAAAAGGUCUACUAUAUCUUGCUAUUAAUUUCCUUCGCAAACGUUUUUUUUUCAGUUUGGUCGCUAGAGAAACUUAACAACAAGAUUUACGACAUGAGAGACUUGUACAACCAAUGUGUGGAAGAUGGCAUUCCCUUCUCUGAAACGGUAUGUUUAGACUUAUAUGUCUUGUUCACUUGGUGGGUUUUAAAAUAGAAGUUACAUUAUAUGGUGUAAGUCACCGAGCCAGAAAUAGGCAAAUACGACCCUAUUUGGUAAUGGUAAAUUUUUUCUUUAACUUUGUUUUGUAUCAGGGAGGGAAGGUGGAGUUUGUUGGCGGGGGAUGGAGGGGGGGGGCGGUGGUAAUGGUCGGGAACUGGGUGGCUUGAGUUAUUUAUUGAUGGACCACUGCAAGCUUUAUUUUGGACUUGUGGAAUGUGAGCUGUAAAUUAGAUCUGGCAAGUAUAAGUUGUAAAUCCAACGUUUUAUAACACUUAAUGGUUUGAUUUUUCAUGUUGGUUGCCCUGCGAGUACGAAGUUGGGCACGUGCAUGUGGUUCAAUUUUAUUUUUGGUUUAAGUUUUACUUUCCUUUGUUUUUGGCUAUGGUAAUAUGGGUUAUUAAUAAAUGAUAUGGAUACUAAAUGAAAUGAAAUUCAUACCAGAAUGCAUUAAACCACAACAUAUAUUUCAAACCCAACUGAACUGAACAAACUUUGUGUUUGUUCCUUAGGAUGAAAAUCUGGAUUUGUUCUUUGAGGUCGAGUGCCACACGCUUAUUGGAGUAGCCAAUCUCUUCCUUGAAUGUCUGUUACAUGACGUGAAUCAUGAGUACGCUGCACCAAUCAUCAGUCAACAGGGCGAGGUAAGAAUGAAUGAAAUUAUCUUACAUUUAAUAUAACAAUAACAAAGACUGCUUCAAGUAUGGAAGCAACGUGUUGUUCCUCUGAAAUGUUGGCUCAAUUUUAAGUGACAAUGAAAUCCCUUUUUUGCAGGUUUGUGGUCGCUUGAAGGUGGAAGUGUCCAGAUUAUCAGGUAACUUCACAUGUCUUUGUAAUACAUUGACUUCGAGAUACGAGAUACUGAAAUGCCGUUGUUGCAGAACAUUCUUACUGGUCCAUCCCAUCAUUGCCUGAGAGCAAACUCUCUGUAAGGCGAAUAUCGUGAAAAGCAAACGCGAGCAGCACGCGGAAGGAGAGUGAGGGGCGGGCGCGUUCUCUCACGGAUAGUUUUGCUCGCCACUCGAAAUGGAGAACUUGCAUACAGGCCAUCCCCCAGGGUUUGACUCCCUAGGAUACUGUUGAAAUUGUGUAAUUUCAGGAAAUAUUCAUACCCCCGAGGGAGAACACUUUUGUUUUAGACCCCCCUCCUCCCGGGAAUUUCCAUUCCAUAGGGUGUGGGUCAUAGCCUUCCCCGCCCGCUCAACUCCCUCGAAUUUUCUUGAUUUUCCCACUGAAAAGAAUAUUUUUAUUCAAAAACUGCAGAGAAUGAAACUUGUCAUUUUUUGGCCCCAUGCUUUCUCUCGUUUUUAAUGGUGAUUGAAAAGCCCGAAAUUCCUUCAGCAGUCUUCUAUGUUUUGUGUUAACAGAGAAAGCCAUGAGGAAAUUGUCGAAGCAGUCCAGAGAUGACGAAGAGACGGGGGAAUCCAGCGCAGACGAGGACGAUUUGUUAGUCAUAAACGACGAAGAUGACGACGAUGAUGAACUCGUGCGAGGGUCUCCUAUGCACGUCGAAGUGAAAGUGGUAGAAGCUUACGAUCUUCCACCGGCGCUGUGCAAUUAUGUGUUUUGUCAGUACAAGUUCUGGAAUGAUGAUAACACUAUUGUUGUACCGCCCAUCAAUGCUAGUAUCUCAAACCCUGGACCCAAAACCAACACCAUGAUAUUUGAACACAAGCAGGUAGGAUUGAAUAUGGCGCGCUUUUAAACUCUAUUUUCUUGUUUCUUUUUCAAAAACGUUACUGGAACAUUAAGUGAAAGAGAUGCAGUUUACACGUAUUUGCAUUAAGUUUUGAUUACAUCAUGUGUUUGUUUCCGCAAACCGAAAAAGUUGUCAAAAAUCUGUAAUUAGUGGCGUUGGCCCUUGGCGUUGUCUUGUACGUAGAGCAAGUUUAACUACAUAUCGUAAUCCCAAUAGCGAGCCUAAGCAACGAGAGCGCUGAUGUCGGGGUGGUUAUGAAUGGCAAACAGAAUUUUGGUGUUAACACAACUGAGUCUGAACGCAUUUUUGAUAGUAUGACUUUAUCGAGUCAGAGGGCUGAACCAGAUAAUAUAUCAGCUUGUGGCUGUUAUUUCUGACGUUCAGAACGUCAAUGGUCUGGCUAUUUAACGUCGCUGAUUAUAAACAAAGUUAAUACACUGGCCAAUCACGAUUGACGAUCUUACGAACCAAUCUGAACAGAAAGCAUGCGCGUGUAACCAUCGCCAAGCGCCGAAAAAGUGUGCGACCAGUUCACGAUUGCUUCCGGUUUACUUCUGAUUGGUCAAGAGACCGGUGGAGAUUUCUUAGCCAAUCAUGUGAUGUGACGUACUAGUUUAGAAACAAAGAAUUGGCAGAUAUUACUUUUCACUUCUCACUUGAAAACUGCUUUAUGUAUGUUAUUUUAGCAAUUCGACAUGGAAGUCACAGAGGAGUUUGUGGAGUACGCAUCUGAGGGAUCGCUGGCUAUUGAAGUAUGGGGAAACAGGAUGAAAGGCUUUGACUCACAGAAGAAUAUGAUGGUCAACUGGAAUGUGGAACCACAACAAAAGGGACUUCAUGACAGGUAUCAAAAGAGGGGCAUGCGCACUGGGGUUUUGGGUUUUGUGUUUGGUGUGAAAGGUUUCAUCCCGGGAUUCAUUUCAAGUAGGUGGAGCGUUGAUCGUCAGGGUGAGCGUAGUCCGGAAUAGGAAUUUUUUUGAACAGUUACUGACGUUUCGACAACCUGUGCGGUAGUCAUGUUCAGAGUGAGUCAAAGUUAGUUGUAUCACAUCAGUUGAUGGCAUCAAACUCUAGUUACUGACCCGUUAGGUCAAUUAAGUCGCGAUGUUAUCGGUUUUUAGUCUUCAAAUUUGCGCUUUUUCGGUCUCAGCGUUCUAGUACGUGUUAGGUUUUUUGUUUGUGAAUGUUCAGGUAUUGGUUCUCUUAAAAAGAAUUUUUUUUCGAGCAUCCAUAUUUGCAACUGUUUCCUGUUCUGCUUGGCUGUUCCGUUCUCAAAGGAGUUCAGUUUCUGCAAAGUCAGUCAAAAAGACUGUUGAUUCUGUACGGUGAAACAUUAACAAGUUAAAGCCAAACUGUUAAUACCAAAAAUAUUAAUACCAAAAUCUAACUCACCGAUUAUCUAGUCCAAGUUUCAAAGUCAAACCCUACGAUUCUGCAGUCCUCCAAAAUGUCGCAGGAUAAAGUCACAUAACAACACGACGUAAAUCUGUAACGCAAAUUGUCUUUCACACAGACGCUCCCAAAAAAUACUUUUAAAGCGUGAGUGAAAUAUGCGAAUUUGCCUUUUUGAUCACUGAGGUUUGCACCUCUUCUCUUUCAUCUUUGUGAUCGACAGCUUUUGAAUAACCGUGGGUGAUCCCUGGCGUGUGAGAGACGGAUGUAGCUAUCAGGAGGCAGCGUGGCCGAGUGGUUAGAGCGCUGGUCUUGCAAUUCGGAGGCCCAGAGUUCAAGUCCCGCUCUAACCGCUAGCUGGAUUUGUUCUUGGUAGUCUCGAGUUCAAAUCCUAGACCACGCUUGUAAAUAGCCGACCGGUUUGUCUCCGGCCAGUUGGGAUUCUUAACCCUGCUAUGUUUCAUUAGGCUGAUUAAGCAACAGAACGGGAACGAUAGUUGGCGUCGGGAAAGCGCGCGGAAAGGAGCAUACGCGACUUCCGGUGCCCAAUUUGCCGCUCUGUCAUUGGUCGAGCCAGUUUCUCGAUUUGCGCGCGCCGUCGUUAACUGGCGUUCCUAUUCUGUUGCUAAAUCCGGCCUAUUAUAUUUGAAUUCUUUGUUCAGUCACUAGCUCGGCCCCACUAGCAUUAGUGCUAUAAAUACUGCCGAGGGUAAAUAAAGGAAUUAUUUAUUUAUUUAUUUGUUUAUAUAAACCAAAACUUAAGAGGUUCUUCAUUUCAGGUGGGGUGAACUGCUAAGGAAAAUACAUCUAUGGGUGGAAAUACUUGAGAUCAAUGACCAAGGAGUGUAUGCACCAGUCGAAUUACAUCUUCAAAAGGACAAUCAAACAGGAGGCAUUUUUCAACUACGGCAGGGUCACUCUCGGCGAAUCAAGGUGCAAGUUCAGCCAGUGCCAAGGGCGGGGUCACUUCCGGUCGUGUGUAAUAUGAUUUCCGCUGUGUACAUUGGCAGUGUUUGUUUGAGGAACAAGAAUCAACAGCCCUUGGAUAGCUAUCAAGAAAAGGACCUCUCAAUGUAAGUAUGCAGAUGUGAUUGUUUAAGAGCUUUUUUGCAAUGAAAUCUGAGUGUAUUACUGAGAGAUUUAGUUAUUUAUCUCUAAAUAUCGCUCUUGUUCCUUGUUUUGGUUUUCGCGUAUUUUCAUGUAACAUAUCAAGCAUUAUACGCUGUGUUUCAUCACAAGAUCAAACAAGGAGAGAAAGUUGAAAAUAUGAUGCGCAGUGUAGUAUUUUUGACGAAUUUCUAGGAAAUCGAAUACUUCGUCGAAUGUUUAAUAUUACCUCUCAAAUGAAGUGAUUUUAGAAAGAGAGAUGAAGAAUGCAAUGAUGAGGAGUUUGUCCAACUGAUUUCCAAACGCUCAUGAAACAUUAAUUUCCUUUGUAUUUUCUUUACGAAUUAUUAAUGAUGUUGAGAGCUACUCGAGAACGAGCAAACAACUGCUCGUUUUGGCUUUGCAGUUUCAAAGUCCUCUUAGCUGUUUCUGUAAAGAGGAAUAUGAGUCGCCGAAGUACCAACCCUAGAUGUGAAUUGCAUGUUGUGGAACAACUCCGUUAUUCACCACGCUCUGAACAUCAAGUUGAGAACACGGUGAAAAACUAUGCCCGGCGUAAUCGCAAGACUAAAUUCCACAGUCAGUUGAAGACCGCUGUGUGUUAACUGGUUGCUUUUGUUUUGUUUUCUUAUAGUCUGCGAGAGAAGUGGUCGACUUCACUAAUGAAAAGGCGAGAGUACUUGGAUGAACAGAUUCACUCACUAAUAGACAAACCAGGUUAGUGUUGCAUAUCCAGUCUCAGUGAAUAAACUGAGGCAAACAACGUGCCUACCCACGGGUUUUUAUUUAUACGGGUUUUUAUUUAUAGUUAACCGACAAAGACUUGAGUAUUAAAUACGCACGACGGAUGACUAGGCUACGCGAAAUUAAGACCCCCAGAAUGGAGUACAUUGGUCUGCCAGCUGCGCGAUAAAUUGGCUUAUUAAUAAGUUUUAAAUCUUUUUGUAUUUAUCUGAAAUGACUAUCCCCCUUCCCCCAAAAGUCAAGUAAUCGUCCCAGUGCAGAAGGGAUGGGACGCGCAACCCCCUCUUGGUUGGUUGCAUGAACUCUACUCAAAACUUUAUUGGGCUUUGCCACAGGCAACCCAAUAGUGAUACCGCAAAAAGCCCGUGAGACCAUAUCCAGCUUUGUUUCGUGAAAGCUACUUCAUGGAAUCGUUGUUCUCUGCUUUUCGUCCUUUGUUAUAAAGAUUGCUAUGCUGUAUUUUUUGCCACUUAAAACAGCAAGAGAGAUUUAAUGGCGUCUAACUUUGUUCGCUUGUUCAUUCUUAGACAAGUCUGCCAGUGAUAAAGAGAAAGAAAGCUGGAUGAUUGAUCAGUGGGUCUGUUUAACUGAGGAGAGGAAUGCUGUCCUCGUACCUGUUCGUGGUAGCGGAAUUCCUGGCGCCCCUCCGCUUGAAGGGUGAGACUGCAUCUGAUAUUAAUACAAAAACAACUCUUUGUUGUGUCCAACUUGCAAAUAAACGCCUCCCUCAAGCAAGUGCCGCCUUUGAGGCGUGAAAAAUUUUAUAAGCGCCGCGGUGCUUCCUCGAGUAAAUACGACAUAUCUGCAGUGGUUAGCUAUCCUCAAUGAACCCCAGGUUAACGGAAGGUAAUAUUUGCGGGCAGAAUGUUUGCAUGCAACGUUUACUAGAACCCUGGGCAAUUACUCUUACAAAACCAGUUCCAGUAGCAUUUGACAUUCCUCUGUCUGAUUGGCUAGAAGGUCUUUCUUGGCCAAUCAGAAGUGGAGAAUUCAGAGCUUCUGGAAAUGACUCCGUAAGUAAGUACUGAGGGGCUCUCUUGUUGCACUCGUAAACGCUCCCUUUCACGAUUUAGCCCUUUAAUUUCCUGCACUAAUUAGCAGUUCCAGGGUCCCCGAUGAUGGGAAUUAGGCAGCGGGAGGAGAGGACACGGGGUGUGUUGGCAAUCUUUUAUUCAAGGAAAAAAUGAAAAAGAAAAAAAGACGGCAUAUACCUUCAUAGUACCGCUUGUUUUUCGGAGCUUCCUUUUCUUAAGUGUUACUGUUGUUAUUUACAGAACCGUACCGCUUGGAAUGGAAAGGUUUAAUCCAGUGAUAUUCCUGGAUUUACAGAACGGUAAGGAAGCCGACUUAUUCGAAUUAACAGCAACGGCUUAUUUUAGAUGAUUGUCUCUUAGAUACAGAAGAAUUUGACCCAACAUUUCUAGCUCCUUUAUUACAUCCCCUGCAGUCCCGACCCUUGUGACUGAAGAUGUUUUUUCUUUAAUUUUCGUUUUCAUUCAAAUAACGUCUGGAACUCUGUGUGUACGGGGCAGAUAACUUGUUUACUGAGAGUUAACUAUUUACAAAUUUCCGUCUCGCUAUCUCUCUCCAUUUCUGUGUCCUUGACUUCUUGGCAAUAACAAGGAAAAAGAAUAAAAAUCAUUUCUUUGGUCGCUAGUAUCAGGGGUAUCAUUACUUUUGGUUGUUUUAGCUUGCAUCGAUAUUUAACGUUAUUUUCGGAACUUAAGGAUAAAUUUUAUUUCUAGCGUACUUGUGGGUGUUUGAUAAAGGAAAGUUAUAUCUUUUAAUCUUUCUUGUAAACAGACGAAGUAAGAAGUGGUUGUAUGGAGGAAGCAGGUCCCGCUGGCGUGGACUCAACUCUCAUUUUUGAAAAUUCUGAUAACAUGAUGGAACUUCCGAUUAUCAAGUACGACCAAAAACAGGUAUGAAAACGUCGAAACAAAAAGGUACAGAUCUCUUUGGCGCUUUGUUCUGCGACUGUCACUACAAAGCUGGUCACCAUUGACGAGACCACAUGAAUUUCCUAUGGAAUCUUAGGGGUUCGUUUGAAUGUCAGGUCCUGUUGUGAUUGGUCAGAGUAACUAAAUAGAUUUUACCUUUUUAGGUCAUUGAAUAACCGUUCUGUUGAACUAACACAUGUAUUGCCUCGCAGGUGUCCGCCACAAUGUUGUGGGACUCGUCAAUCCAUGACUCCGCUUUCCUCAACCGAGUCACACAAUCGCAUGAACGAGUCUACCUUAUUUUAAAGGUAAGUUCCCUCAAAACUUGCAGAAAUACCAGCAAGCGCGAAUUUCGAAGGAAGCAUGGAGCUUGAGUCACGCACUGAUCUUGCAAUGUUGCCUGCUUUGAGGCUUUUGCGGGAAAACGUUUUCGUUGUCACGUGUCAUUGUGACUUCAAAGAAGCCAAUGAAGACACGAGCUGAUAGCCAAAAUUCCAGUGAUCGGACAAAUGUUUGCUUAGUAUAUGUGAUGGUGGUUUCGUAUUUAUACUGCUAGUGACUUACUUUUUCCUUGUUUUUACAGGUCAUAGUCCGUCUUGCCAGUCCCAUCUCAAUGGAUUUGGUUCUUAGAAAACGAAUUUCUGUCAAAGUAUAUAAGAGGCAAAGUUGGAAAGACAGUCUGCUGAAAAAAAUAACCAGGGUAAGCACUUUCACAUUAUUCGCCACUCCAGAAAUUUUAAGGGGAAUGGGUACAAGCUUUCAGCGCAACGAUUUUUGGGUUCGUUUGGGUGGACAAGCGUUAGUUAUGAUUGGUUGAUGGUAUUCAAGGCCAACAUUAACCAAUCACAAGUAACGUUUUUCCAACCUAAUGGUUCCAGAAAUCGUUGCGCCGAAAGCUUGUAUCCAUCUCCCUUAUUUUCUCCCUUACAGUUUCUGGAGUGGUGAAUUAUUGUUCUGAUAAACGGUGGUGAAUGGAUUUGAUAUUUUAAAAUAGCACUUUGUGUUUCCUACUGGGACAACAGAUAAGACCCAGGGAUGAGGGAUUUUUUGUAACUAUGCAACAAACGGUACUAAAUGAAAGCAGUAGUGAAUGAAAUGAAUUAAACUGAACGCGCGUGCAUUGGUAAACGCAUGCAACGCGUGCAGAGGCGGGUACGCGCACUUUAUUCCGGAGGCCUUGAGGCGAUAACAACGCAAAAUGAAAGGUUUGAUGCACGAAAACGGGUCUCCGUAUGUAUACCUUUGAUAUAAUUACAUCUUGUAAACUCUGCAAAGCUACCUUUUAUGUCCAGGAUACAAUGAUCAUGUGUGUGAAAAUACAAGGUGAACACAUGCCUUGUUUGUUCUGCUCUUUUAUCUCACGAGCUCGAGCUAACUAAGCUCCCACUGUCUUGUUCUAACAUUUCAGGAUAUCAUUACAAGAUGCGGGGUGACAUACGAACUUGUGUCGCACAUUCCGCGAGUAAGUAAAUUUUGUUACUUUCAGCUAGAAUGAGAGGGACGAAUUACUGUCACUUAUUCUUGCUUUUUCUUGUUAAUUAGAGAAAUGGAAGUACCGGUUGAAUACCAUGUUUGCCAUUCCUUGCACGCCGAUCGCGCCACUUACCAGUCCCCCCUCCCCAGGCCUUAUCACCCGCACUCCCUUAGUCUGAAAUGUCAUACAUCUCCACCCCUAACCCCGUGGGGGGUUGGGGGGGGGGGGGGGUAAGUUAGUAAAUUUUGUUUGUUUCAGGUAGAAAGGGGGGGACGAAAUACUUUCACUUUUUUUUGCUUUUUCUUGUUUAUUAGCGGAAUGGAAGGUCCGGUUGAAUACCAUUUUUGCCAUUCCCUUCACGCCGUUCCCGCCCCUUUCCCGUGCCCCCUCCCCCGGCCUUUUCACCCGCACUCCCUUUGUCUGAAAUGUCAUACCUCUCCCCCCCCAACCCCGUGGGGGGUUGGGGGGGGGGGGUGAUACCAGUUAUUGAUUAUUCUUGUUUCUUUUUUACAGCAACCUGGAGAAGAAACGGAAGAAAGAGAGAACUUGGCGCAGAUGGCCGCACAAGCUGUAGGGGAGGGUGAGGAGGAGGAUGAAUCUGUACUGAGAAAGUACAGUAAAGGAAUCUCACAUGUGGAGAGCUUGCUGGCACUGGAUCGGCUGAGACAGGUAAAACCAUCCUGUUCAACAUGAACAGCGACACAGAGAAAAUACUGCCUUCUAACUUUUAUUUGAUUGGCUGUAAAGUAAACACCCACGUAUAAGAAGUACUUCUCAGUAGCUUGCAUUUGAAUGGUCACUCUACUGGAUUUCAUCCACAGACUCAAAGUUAGAACUACUUUGUACAGCGUAAUAAACAGUACCACAGGAAAGUACAUGUACUUCUUAGUAGCUUCCUUUUGAAUGGUAACACUUUGGGUUUUUUGCGGUUGUUAAGUAAGAGAGGCAUCCUUGUUGGGAAAAUGACAAUCACAGUCAGAGUUUCUUUGUCUUUUACAGGAAGUUAUGGUGAAGGAGAAACUUGCCGCUAUCGGAAAACCGCUCAGAAAGUUUGCCAGCACUCCAAAUUUGGCAGCUGCGGUAAUUUAUAUGUAUUUUUUUAAUCUUCGUCUCUGUUUCUUUAUUCAUCAAGCAUACUAUAGUGACAGUCGUGGCAAUUUUUUGUUUGUUUGAAGUCUGUUAGUAUAGUGUUAGCUGUCGUAAGCGGACACCCUCUUGUUACAGGAGCAACUAGAGAUUGAGAUGUACUAAGGGUCAAAUAGCCGCUUACGGGAGCUUGACCAACUACUAAAAGAAAACAAAAAAGGUGUUUGUUAGCGUUUGGCUAUACUGUUGUUCUAAAAAUGUUGUAAUUCAGUCAACAGCGUAAAAUUCAAGUGGUGUUGUGAAGUGUAACCGGACGUGGAUGGACCUGUAUGUAAAAAAAAAACCCUUUAAAACUGAUACAUGCAUAAUUUGAUUGUUGUUAACUGCGAUAUGUAGUUAAUAUACAAUAGACGUGUUCAAAUGGAAAGAAAAGGGUUCAGAAACUUAUCCGAUAUGCGACGAACCACUUUCAAUAUCGACGCAGUGCCGUGCAGCUUCGCUCCGUUCCAGAAACCUCUCCGAAAUCACCCUUUUUAUAUCACCGUUUUUAAUUGUGAAUAAAAGCCCUAUCCGAUAUGGUUUUCGUACUAUUCGGUACAGUGCAGAAAUAGCUGUAAUAUGAACUGUACUUCUUGUUUACAGUCGAGUGAUCUCUCCUUCGGUGACAGCGGAGGCAGUCGUUUCGAUUCUCCAGAAAGUAAUAAACUUUGGAACUUAAGGGUAAGCCUAAUCGCUCGUUUGGUUCUUACAAGCCAUCACUGACUAUAUUUCUGUGUGAUCGCUACCCGAGGGUGGGGGGUACUUCCUAGUAACAGGCUAAUGGGGAUGUGCCGCUGGAUGGGGUCGCAUUUUCGCGGGUGGAUUGACUAUAAUGGGGUGGCAUUUUCAAUAGAGUUACUAGAAUGGGAUCUCAAAUUUUCGGGGGUAGGAGAUCAGUAAAUUCAGGUAGGUACGGAUUUAAAGAUAGGAAGAUUUUUAAUUCAUUAAGUUUAUUUCAGGAUGACCUAGUUGAAAGGCUAGUAUAAGUUAGAUGCAUAAAAAAAAGUUACUAAUUUUUGAUCGGGAAAAAUAUGUUUUCCCCAAAGUGACUAAGAUGGGGUCUAUAUUUGGCCACAGAAUAGACUAUAAUGGGGUAGGGAUUCUGAGAGGCCAGCGGCACAUACCCCCGAAAAAUUAACCCGAGUAACCCCCCGGGGAUCGCUAGUAUGAUAUUGAAAGAAUUAUAGGAAAUGUCAUCUGCGGUCAGUCAUAAUUGACACUAUUUUUCUCAAAAGUCGUCAACAUCGAGCGCCUACCACGGGGGGCAAUCUUGGUUUCAAAUAUACCGACAGGGCGGGCCCUGGAGUUUAUAGCAAUGGGGGAAGGGAGGUGAGAACUUAACUCAUGAACUUAACUCGUGAAGUUUAGUUCGUCUCAUGAAAAGUUGGCCUUGGCCUUAAUUCAUUCUGUCACUUGCCAAUUCCAUACUUACUCCCCGCAAAAAAAAAGUCUGGGGACUGACAAGGCCGAUGCUUCCAUUAAAGGGAGGCGUCAUGGUCAAUUUCUUUGACGUAACAUUACCUGACUGUAAGAAUGAUAUGUCCUUUUUUGGUUGGGGGCGUAAUAGCCAACAAAGUGAGAUUGCAAGGGAAGAGACUGAUGGAGGGUUUUUUUUCCCCUGACUUGACCUAUGUGUCUUUUUAUCUCCUCAGAGUAAUAACCGGAGUGAUUUCCUUCUUCCUGGGAGUUUCACGGAUCCACGACCGACAAGGCCAACCAAAGAAGAAGUGCUAAAUGAUCUCGCGCAACUCAGCGAACAGUUUGUCUCGUCUCCUCAAAACUCGUCCGGUGUAGUGAUGCGAAAUUCAGGCGAAAGAUCAAACUCGCGUCCCAACUCGCGUCCCAAUUCGCUCCUGAUAGAUCUUGAACCUCUCAAGGAAGACGAAACUCCUGCGCCGAGUCCUCAAGUCAAGAAAAACCCUGCAGCGUUGUUCGACUUUGAGGAAUCCUCAAAGCAGGAGUCGACUGCCGACGGAACGGACAGCCCUGUUUCGGACGAUCUUCGAGAGCGUUCGGUUAGUGCUGAUACGUUGACGUUCGAAGAUCCCUUGACUCCCACGCCGUCAGGCGAAAAUAUCUCAACUCCUCAAUCGGAUUCAAAAGAAGUGAAAUCAGUUGAGAAGGAGAAGCUUAUUGAUUUAAGUUUUGCUGGUACGGACAAUGAGAAAGUCAGCAAGCAGCUGAAUCUGCUUGGAUUAAAAGAUUUGUUAGAUGGGGAUGAAGAUGAAGAAGAGGACGAGUCUUCGUCGCUGAUUAUAGAACCGACAGAGGAAAAACCAGGAAUUGCUGUGCCACAAAACGAACAAAAACGAAGUUCUAAGGAGGAUCUGUUAGGUUCUUCGUACGAUUCGGACGACUUCAAAUUCAGCUCGCUUGAUAGUCUAGGAGAUUUAAAAAUGGGACAAGUGAUUUGUAUCGGGGAUAAGAAGACGGGAAGGAUCAGAUAUAUCGGACCGACAGAGUUUGCUCCUGGGGUAUGGAUUGGAGUUGAGCUUGAUACACCCUCAGGUACGAGAGUCUGUAUUAUGCAAUUAGCAGUUUAAGCUCAUGAGCGUAGUCUUACUUAAUCGCGCGAGAAAACGCGUUUCGUCUUCAUGGAAGGUUAUCGAGCGAUUUGACGAAAUCACCGAAACACCCUCAUGUCAUGAGGGAGAAGGGAUUAGGUAAAACUGGUAGUGUAGGAUUCUAUAGACGUGGCAUUGUUUUACUUGUCAAGAUAAGUGUGUAAACCCUGUGAUAUAAAAACUGUGUACCAGAAAAAGUAGCAAACACACGAGCAAGAACUUUGGAGAUCCAGCCACUCGUUAGAAUGUACCUAACACGGACCGUGUUUAAGUUAUAUAACUAUUCGCUGACUAUGGAAGUUGUUCACAGGAAAACAUGAAAUUGUUUUUUACUUUAAAUGUUGAGCCUAAUGAAUUAGGGACCUUAAGAUACACCCGCCAUUUCCAGGUACGGUCAAAGCCGGGGAAAAGCCUCACUUCCGAUUAACGUGCGUCGCUCAAAAACGUCCUUGCUAAACCCUUUAAAACCUAAGAUUAAAAUUUGAAUUCUCAUUUGUUGCUCCUAUUCAUUUCCUACAGAAGUAGUGGGGAGAAGUUGAUAAAAUAUCAAGCAAAUUCAUCUUGUGUGAUCAUGUCCAUAAUUCUCAUGACCACUCUGUUUUACAAAGCAUUGAUAUUACAAGGAGAAAUUUUGAUGCUGAUCACUCUUAGGGAUUAAAGUGUUAAGCAGCCGCCUCUUUUCAGGAGAAACGGCCAGGCAGCCUGGUAGAACAGUGAUGUCUGAAUCACAUUUGGGAAGUCUUGGUUGCCAUUUAUAUUACUACGUGAUAUUGCUACAUGUUCACCUAUCCGUACCUAUAGGUAGAAAAGGUGUAUUUUAAGGUCCUUAUUAUUUAGCUUUCGGCAUUUUAAUCGGAUUACAGUGUUCUCCCUAAAUUUUAGCUCAGCAGGUAGGGGAUCAUUUAUAGCCGGUAAGGCAAAAAAUAUGCACUACGGAGGUGCACUUUUCCGUGGGCAGGGGGAUAGUGGAGUGCGGGACAUGGUCCCGCCCUUAAUGGGAAAUUUAGGAGAUAAAAGUACUCGUUUAAUUUUAGUAAACCUUCAGGCCGUUGCAGGCGGAAAGAAGUGUUGCUUCAGGCGGUAAAUUUUACCGGUUACCGCCUGAUAAGGAGAACACUGGGGCCCGAUUAGAGGUCUUCUAACCAAAAUCAUUUUUAGUGCCCUAGAGAAGUUGUUUAAAACAAAACCAGAUUUUUGGUUCCGGCCUCCUUGUUUCGUGAAAAAGGCAUGGUACAGUGAAAACUCGAUACCACGAACCUCUAUAUAACAAAGUCCUUGAUAUAACGAACAGUAUUCCUCGCCCCAGUAAUAGUGAAAUAUAUGUAUCAGAACCUCGAUAUAACGAAACCUCGUAAAAACGAACAUAUUUCGCGUAAGUCGUUGUUGCAACUUAGUGUCACUAAUUUAUACAUUUUUCUUCUUCAAACCAGGAAAAAAUGAUGGAUCCGUGGACGGGCAACGAUAUUUCGCCUGCAAACCGAGAUAUGGUUCAUUUGUAAAGCCAGAAAAGUGUUUUCCCAUCGACUCAGUGAAAAAAGAAGCCCCGGCACUUGCUCCGAAAAACACUGGGCGUAGCAAUAGCCCCUCAAGAAGCCCUCAUGCUAUGCGACAACAAACAAGGGAUAAUCGGCGAAAGAAUGAAUGGAAAAGGAGGUCAAACAUUCUGUUUUAA